AUGAGCUCAAUACUCGAUUUAUCUUUAACAAUAUAUAUCACACAUUUAGCGGAAACACACAUCCGGCUGAAGGGAAUACUACGAAAUGAACCUGUGAUACUGCAGUUUGCGGAACACAAGGAUGGAAGCGGCGGGAAGUACACAAUAAAAAUAUACCCUCAGCCCAAAUGCAAGCCCAAAACCCGUCCAGCCAACCCAGAUACCAACGCUGAUGACAAGAAGCCUCCAUUAGUAACGCAGCCUGCUAAUCCAGAUGCUAACGCUGACGACAAGAAGCCUCCAUUAGUAACGCAGCCUGCCAACCCUGAUACCAACGCUGACGACAAGAAGCCUCCGUCAGUAACGCAGCCUGUCAACCCAGAUGCCAACGCUCACCACAAGAAGCCUCCGUCAGUAACGCAGCCUACCAAUCCAGAUGCUAACGCUGACGACAAGAAGCCUCCGAUAGUAACGCAGCCUGCCAACCCAGAUGCUAACGCUCACCACAAGAAGACUCCGUCAGUAACCCAGCCUACCAACCCAGAUACCAACGCUGACGACAAGAAGUCUCCGUCAGUAGCACAGCCUGCCAACCCAGAUGCUAACGCUCACAACAAGAAGCCUCCGUCAGUAACGCAGCCUACCAACCCAGACACCAACGCUGACGACAAAAAGCCUCCGUCAGUAACGCAGCCUGCCAACCCAGAUGCGAACGCUGACGAGAAGAAGCCUCCGUCAGUAUUGCGGCCUGUCAGUCCAGCUGCUAACGCUGGACACAAUCACUCACCGUCAACAGACCAAACUACCAGCAAAGCCGCUUAUGCCUUAUCGCUUGUGCCUAUUCUCCUGGUGUCCGCAUGGUUGUUUGCAGGGAUGUAG